GGCUACUUAAUUUUUUAUUUUUACAAUGACAUUCACUUAUGGUUAUGAAAUGGGUAAUUACCUUUUACUUAUGAAAGUAAAAUUUCAGUGUUUCUCUUUGGUAACUAGAGGCUAAACCUAUUCUUUGUACAUUGUAAAAAAAGAAACGAUGCCCGGCCGAGUGGUAGCGCCACCUCUGCUGCACGAUAAGCUUUCCCUCACCAGCUCGGGCAACACUUCGCGCUUUGUCUUUUACGGCACCCGUAAGGAAAUUCUUGAUUGGAUGCGUCAACGUCCAAACCUCGUCAUUGAAUACCAUCUGUUUGCCGAUGGCCGUCCUGUGGCAUUACAACACCAAACGGAAAUUGUUAUCGAUUUGCAGUAUCUUCACGACUCGGAGCAAACCUAUGUAAAUUAUGUCAAGUCAUUCUUUGUAAGUGACUAUGCCUCUGAGCGUGUCAAGGUGGAGAUUCGGCCCAAGUUGGAUAGCAAGGAUCAAGAUGUCAUGACCAUGUACAGACUUGUCUCAAGAAGCGGGGUAAAACUUGGCGAAGUGGUGGAUGAUUUGGACCACUACUGGCAUUUGCCUGCGCGCACGUAUUAUCAGCAAGCAGUGGACAUGUACAAUGACAUCCCGGGACCACACCAUGUAUUGAGUGCACAAGGCCCUUCAUCCAUCCGUGUGGGAACGGAAUCCUCUGUACAGACAGAGCCACCAAAGCCAACGUACACAGGCGAUAGUAGUCAGGACGACGGUGAAAAGGUGACCAUAGCUUCGGCUCCAUCUGCUGCAGCUGCCCAUUAAGCACACACAAGUUAUGCAGCCCAAAUCAACAACAUAUUCCCAUCUGUAUUCUCUUCUGUACAUAAUUCUCUGGUCUUAUUAAAACUUCUUUAUUAUGCUUGUAAUUGAUUAAAAAGGAUA